AAGUCUGCGCCGUACAGCAGGUCGGCUUCGAUUGGAGAUGUGAGUCAGAGAUCAGGCGCCGAAGACUACUUUGCUCAUUCGGGAUCCAACCACUCUGAGAUGGGCAGGGUUAUCACUGCCAGCGAGGCUCUAUUUACCCAGAAGUUAAAGGAGCAUAUCGACAGCUUGGAACGGGCCAGAAAUCAGCUCAACCAGGCCUAUAAGCAGAGAUUCGAUGCUAUGGCUGAUGAUACGGCCCGACGUGAAGAGCAACUUGAGUCUCAGCAUGAAACUGAACUUGAAGCUGCUCGCAACAAGCUGAGAGCAAGCUUUGCAGAGCAUCUUGACCACGACGGUGUCAAGACUAUGGCAACUGCACCAUCUGAAGGAAAUGUCGACGAAUUCCAGAUGCAAGACAGAAAGUUGGUUACUGAGCACGCAGAACGACUCGCGAACAGGAGAUCUCAAGUCCAACACCACCAUCAUCUACAGUUCCAAGCACUGAGCGAAGAGUACGACAAGAAGAUCGCCGAGCUGCUCGGCGAGAAGGACAUGCUAGACUCUGAUCUAAGCAUCGGACCCGAACGCUUCGAGGAGAUGUCCGAGCAGAUUGACCGUCUACACAGUCCAGCCUCUGUGCGCCACAGACCUCUACGCUCAGUGACUUCGACCGACUAUCUGCAAGGCAAUCGUAACGCACACCAAGAACACCUCUGGCGCAACGUUGAGACCUACCACCCCACACGUGCAGAGUCUCCUGGCGUAGUAUCACCCUUGCGACCCCAAAGCGCCGAUACGCAUGGCUCUCUCCGCCGCAAGACCAGCCAUGGCCGUUUAUCCUCCUUCAUGGGCAAAAUCUCCUCUCCAUUCAGCUCGUCCCGCUCUUCUCGCUCUUCAAUCUCUGGCUCCUCUGUGCGCCCUAGAACAGGCCAACGAGUCGUCUCUACACCUCCUCCCUCUUCUCGCCCUAAUUACAACCACAAUAGCAUUUCCUCGGGCUCGGGCAGACUGAGUCGAAGUACAACUCGCCCCAUGACAGCAGAAGCCCGCGAACACGCAGCCAUGGACUUUUCAAUCGCGCCUGCACAAUUCGAAGCUCUGCAAGAAGGCCAGGAACUAAAAAGUGAGCAAUUGAUAAGGAGGCAGAGUGUGGUUAGUGUAGAGCAGCAGCAGUCACACAAGAGUCCGAAGAUUCUGCGUCACAUUUCGGGGUCGAUUAGAAAGAAGAUGUCAAACUAGGUAUGCGGCUGUGGGAUUUGUGGUGGUAGGAGUGAGGGAAGAUGCAAGAGGUGUGAGAUUGAGGAGGAAGCAUUGUUGGGCAUGGAGAAUGCA